AUGUGUGCGACUGCAACGUGGGCGCCCCCUGCGCCAACUACGAUUCCACGACCACCGGCUCCUAUUCGUGAUAUCCAUUCGUGCGCCAAUGUGGAUGAACUAAAGCCAAUCCACCUGUAUCUUGACUGGCAAAUCGAUUGGGAAAAUAAGCGUAUUCAUGGAUCUGUGCAGCACGAGCUAGAAGCUCAGAGAGACACAAAUAAGGCCGUGUUUGACACGUCGUACUUAGACAUCCAUCAAGUGCAAGUUAAUGGCCAAACGACUUCUUAUGAAUUGGGUCCGCGGCGCGGUCCUCUGGGAGAACCAUUGCAUGUUACUAUCGGUGCAUGCAAGGCUGGUGAGCGCGUCACAGUCAAGAUCGCAUAUUCCACGACGAACCAGUGCACGGCGCUAGGCUGGCUCACGGCUGAGCAAACGCAUGCCAAGAAGACUCCUUUUCUGUACUCGCAGUGCCAGGCGAUCCAUGCGCGUUCGCUGUUACCAUGUAUGGACACGCCGUCUCGAAAGAUUACGUACUCGGCGCAAGUUACAUCGACUAUCCCUGUACUGAUGUCGGCGCUUCAGCAACCACAACAGACUAAGUCCUCAUCCAUUUACAAAUUUCAUCAGCCCGUGCCGAUACCGACGUACCUCAUUGCGAUUGUCGGUGGCCUACUGGCGUUCCGCUCGUUGGGUCCCCGUACGGGUGUAUGGGCAGAGCCGCCAGAUGCGGACAAGGUGCAAUGGGAGUUCGAACGUGAUGCCGAACGAUUCUUGCACGAGGCAGAGAAACUCGUUUCUCCGUACUCAUGGACGCGAUACGAUAGUGUUGUGCUCCCGCCAUCCUUCCCGUACGGUGGUAUGGAGAAUGCCAAUCUCACAACAUUGACGCCGUCUCUUGUUUGCGGAGACCGAAGCGCGACAGAUGUCCUGCUGCAUGAGCUUUGUCAUUCGUGGAGUGGCAAUCUAACGUCCUGUAUGAACUGGGAGUCGUUCUGGCUCAAUGAGGGUUGGACUGUGUACUUGGAACGUCUGCUUCUUCAGAUGGUGCAUGCUGAUGACAAUGGACCAGCGCACCGUGGCUUCUCGUAUAUUAUUGGCGCAAAAGCUUUGCGUGAUUCGCUUGAAGAUUUUGCGGAUGUGCCACGCUUCCAGCGCCUGAUUCCAUCAUUCCGUGAUGGCGAAGAUCCGGACGAUGCGUUUUCGUCUAUUCCUUACGAAAAGGGCGCAAACUUCCUUUUGUAUCUUGAGCGUGUGGUCGGUGGUCUUGAUGUAUUUGCGCCUUACAUCAAGGCAUAUUUCGAGACAUUUGCCGGUCAAUCGAUCUCCACGCAAGAGUGGCAAGAGCAUUUGCUGGCUUUCUUUGCCAGCAACGAUAAGGCCAGCGCGGCAUUGCGGCAAGUUGACUGGGAUGCGUGGCUUCAUGGCGAAGGGCUUGAGCUGCCAGUCAAGUUGGAAUACAAUGAGACCCUUGCAGUCGAGGCAUUUGCUCUGGCAGCUCGCUGGGAACAAGCCAUCGCGCAGCAAGUGCCCGUAGGCGACAGCCAAUUUAGUCCACGUGAUAUGGAAGGAUGGAACACGAACCAAGUUGUUGUGUUCCUGGAGCGCUUGCAUGCAGGACCUAAGGUGCCAGGCGCCUAUACGUCAUGGUUGGAUGAUGUGUAUAAGCUCAGCACGGCUCACAACACAGAGAUCCGACUCCGAUUUUACGAACUCGCCUUGGAGGAUAAGCAUGGCAUGUAUGCGAAGCAAGCUGCCGAUUGGGUCAAGUCACAGGGUCGCAUGAAAUACUGUCGAACAAUUUUCAAAGCUCUGUACAAGGUCGAGCCGGAUCUAGCGCGGCGAACAUUUCUGGAGAAUGAAAGCUUCUACCACCCGAUUGCCGCUACCAUGAUUCGUAAGGAUUUGCAUGUGGAUGCACGUCGAGCACUUGUGGCAGUGAUUGGCAGUACGGGCACUGGCAAGUCGCAGCUGGCUGUUGAGCUCGCAGAGUACGCAACCCAAGAGCUCGGCAUGCCAGCCGAGGCCAUCUCUGCUGACAGUAUGCAGACUUAUAUUGGUCUUGACGUGAUUACAAAUAAGGCAGCGAAGAAUGAAAUGAGAUCAAUCCCACAUCACUUGAUGAGUUUUCUUGCGCCUGGCCAAGAGUACGACGUUACUCAGUUUGUCAACGAUGCAAAUGCUCUGUGUGACAGAAUGCAUGCUGCGCAUACCUUGCCGAUCAUUGUUGGUGGAACGACCUACUAUGUGCAGCAUUUAUUCUUUCCUGGUCGUUUGGUAUCGCAGGUUGAGCCGAUGGAUGCGUCGUUGUACGCAAGACAAACCGCUGCACGCGUCGAAUCGCUUCCGAGCUCACUUCGCUCUCUGUGGGACUUGCUUGGCUCCGACGAAGUGCGCGUAAAUGCAGCGCCUCCGGCUGAACCCACAGAACUCUGGGUACUGUUGGAUGCAAUGGAUCCUGAGAGCGCACGGCGCUGGCAUUACAGAGAUCAGCGCAAAGUAUACCGGAGUCUUCGGAUCCUUUAUGACACAGGCAUCCCCCAAUCGGCAUGGCUCCAUGCACAAGACGAGCAGGACCGGUCCUACAGCACAAGCACGGAUGCACCUCGGCGGCUUCUGUUCUGGGUUUGGAGCGGUCGAGAUGCAUUGAAUGAGCGUCUCAAUGCACGGAUCAAGACCAUGGUGGAUCGCGGUCUUUUGAGCGAGAUCCGCGCCUUGCGCCAGAUUGCGACACGGCAUGACACCGGCGAGGCUGCUGCGGCCACGACCGAUUACACACGCGGAAUUUUCCAAGCGAUUGGAUACAAGGAGUUCGAUGCAUAUUUAACGCAUCGUGAUGCCGGCGGGACCCACGAGGACGGUGCGGCUCUUUUUGACGACGCCAUUACCUCCAUGCAGACAGCGACGCGACGCUACGCGAAACGACAAACAUCAUGGAUUCGAAAUCAGUUGCUCCCGGAAAUCUGUCGCGCACAGGCGCGAGGCGAGGACGUGUGGCUUUAUUUACUUGAUGCCACAGAGCUCCAGCAUUGGGACGAGCGUGUUCGCGUGCCGGCGCGAGACAUUCUUCGCUCAUUCCUGCAGCACGAGAGCAUGUGCGAUCCAGCGUCACUAAGCUCGGCUGCUGCCGAGCAUCUACAGCAUGUUGUCCAGCGCACAGAGGGCCGCAUUCAACGCAACAAACUUGUGCCUUGUGAGAUAUGUACGCAUGACGAAGCGCAACCAUUCUUGUUCCGUGAGAAUGAGCGUGGAAAGCAUGAGCAGUCACGAACACAUCGAUAUGCUCUCAAGCGGCGCACAAAGGAUGCCUACAUUGCGGCCUGUCGAGCAUCUUCCAAGGCCGCCAAAGCAGCGGACCAGGCAGAUGGAAGAAGCACCGAUGACUCAGCAGCCAGCGUCUAUCGUACCAACAAUGAAACCAACCACGCGGCUACCGGUCACACGAGUGUCAACGACUCAUCUUCAUCACCGUAA